AUGGGCUACAAGACCAUGGCCAAGCAGCUGGGUGAAAAGACGAAGAUCCCUCCGGAACCGGCGGACGUGAACGGACUGCCCCGCGGGAUGCUUGCGAAUGCUCGUGAGAUCGUGGUAACCCUGGCGCCUCCACUCCCCCCCCUUCCCCCCCCUCCCCCCUCCUCGGUGUCCAGGUGCCCUGAAGCCAAGAUCAAGCCGCUUGGUCCGAUGCUGCUCAACGGACUAACAAAGCUCAUCAACGAGUCCAAGGAGGACUCGAAGCUUCGCUCGCUCGCGUACACGGCGGUGGGAAAGCUCUCCUCGCGCCUCCCGCAGCUGUUCUCCAAGGACAUAGCCCUGGUGCAGCAGUUCCUGGAGGCUCUGUGCAAGGAGGACCCCGAGGAUCGGCUCUGCAUCCAGGAGGCUCUGUCCAUGAUGGCGCCGGCUUACAGUGGCCUGCAGGGGGCAGACCUCAAGCUCAUGGAGGCUCUGGUGGCCGGGUACAUCGAGAAGCCCGAGCUGCACGCUCGUCUCGUCGCGGUGAAGUUUGCGAGUGCCGUGUUCGCCCCGGACCACGUGGCCUCACGUUACCUCCUGCUGCUCGCAGCCGGAGACCCCAAGGAGGAGGUGAGCGCCGAGGCCCAGAGGGUGCUGCGGGAUUCUCCGCCCGGCGACAAGAAGGACCGCGAGGGCCGCCCCACGCCGCUGCCGCCCUUCACGGAGAUGGUGGCCUACAUCCAGGAGAAGGCAAGCGUGCGCAUUAAGUCUCCGGCCAAGUACUCGGUGGGGAUCACGACCCUGGCAUUCAACCCGGCGUCCUACGGAGAGAUGGUGCUCUACCUCCGCGCUUGCCUCGCGGGCAGCGCCGGCAUCGCGAGCCCCCUCGCCACCGAGAGCCUCGCGCAGAUGCAGACGCAGGCGCCCGCCAUCGGGCGCUACGUCUCGACGCUGCGCUCGGUCGCGGCGGCCCCAGCCCCCCCCGUCGAUGGCGGCGGCGGCGGCGGCGGCGGCGGCGGCGGCAGCGGCGGCCCGCUCCACUCGUACGUGGGGCUCAUCCGCCCGCUGCUGUCCGCAGUCGCCGGGACUCCCAUCAUGUACUGCCUGCUGGAGGUCGUGGCUAUCGCCCCGGACCACCUGGCCGAGCAGUUCGCCGACAAAAUGGACUGGAUCAAGGGCCUCAUGAGCUCCAACCGGGAGGAGACUCGUGAGCUGGCCUCCCAGCUGCUGGCAGUGGUGACGGCACACGCUCCCGCCUGCCAUCUCCCGGACGCCGUGGCGGCGCUGCUUAAGUCCACCGGCGACCAGUCCCCCGAGGUGCAGCACGGCGCCGUGUUGGCGCUGGGCUACCUGGUGUCGCGCUGCCUCUCCGGGCGGCAGUGCCGGGACAAGGGGCGCCUGCCGGACGACCUCGUGCGCACGGCCAUCACCGCGAUAGGCGCGUUUGUGGGAAACACCUCCCCGGUGCUCAGCAUGGCCGGCUGCGUCGCGCUGGGAGAGAUCGCCCGGAGCGGAGCGCUUCCCCUUCCGGACUCCGGAUCGGGACUCUCGAAGCUGUCCCUGGUGGAGACGCUGCUGGCCAAAAUCCGUUCCGGCAAAGAAGCGAGCAAGAUGAAGGAGAAGGCUGUGAUGGCGCUGGGAAACUUCUCCGUGGGGGACGCGGCCUUCCCCCACCAGAAGCUCGUGAUGGAGGGCCUCAUGGACUCGGUGGAGGCUCGCCAGGUGGAGCUGCAGCUGUGGGUUGCCGAGUCCCUGGUGAGUGCGGCACGCGGAGUCGACUCUGCCAGCCGCCAUGACGUGUGGACAGAGGGAGACGCCGCCUCUCACGGCGUCGGAGGCGGGAACGACGAGGUGGCGUGGCUGCUGAACGCGGUGCUCACGCGCUACGUGCCCAGCCCCAACCCACACGUGCGGCACGCCGCCUCCGUGUGGCUCCUCUCCAUCGUGCAGCGGCUCGGAUAUCACUCCGCCGUCAAGUGCCAGCUCAAGGAGAUCCAGGAAGCCUUCACCGGCAUGCUGUCCGAGAACGACGAGCUGAGCCAGGACGUCGCCUCCAAGGGGCUGGCGCUGGUCUACGAGCACGGCACAGACGACGACCGCAAGCAGCUGGUGUCCAUCCUCGUGGAGACCCUCAUGACGGGAAAGAGGAAGCCGCAAGCAGUCACGCAGGACACAGAAAUAUUCCCGGGCGAAGGCGUCGGCAAAACUCCGGAGGGGCAAAACCUGACCACGUACAAGGAGCUCUGCUCCUUGGUCAGCGACCUCAACCAGCCCGACCUCAUCUACAAGUUCAUGAACCUGGCCAACCACCACGCCGUGUGGAACUCGAGAAAGGGCGCCGCGUUCGGGUUCAGCGGCAUCGCGAGGCAGGCCGGGGCCCAGCUCGCUCCGCACCUGCCGCUCAUCGUGCCCCGCCUCUACCGCUACCAGUUCGACCCCAACCCGGGCGUGCGCCAGGCCAUGAUGAGCAUCUGGAACGCGCUCGUGCCCGAGACCAAGAACACGGUGGACAAGUACAUGAAGGAGAUCCUCGAGGACGUCAUCAGCAACCUCACGGUCAACCUGUGGAGAGUCCGGGAGUCCAGCUGCUUGGCCCUCAAGGAUCUGCUGCGAGGGCAGCAGCUGGACGAGGUGAUCGAGCGGCUGCCGGAGAUCUGGGCGACGCUCUUCCGCGUGCGCGACGACAUCAAGGAGUCCGUGAGGAAGGCCGCCGACCAUGCCCUCAAGACCCUGAGCAAGGUCUCCGUGCGCCUGUGCGACCCCGCCAACGGGGCCUCCGCGCAGAAGACGGUGGCGGCGAUCCUGCCGUGCCUGCUCCAGAGCGGCAUCUCCAGCCAGGUGGAGGAGGUCCGGUCGCUCAGCGUGAGCACGCUGGUGAAGAUCAGCAAGAGCGCGGGCUCGCUGCUCAAGCCUCACGUCACCCAGGUGAUCGUCGUGCUGCUCGACUCGCUCACCACGCUCGAGCCGCAGCUCCUCAACUACAUCAGCGUCCGCGCCUCGCAGCAGGAGCAGGUUCAGAUGGACUCGGUGCGUCUCAACGCAGCCAAGACCUCGCCGAUGAUGGAGACCGUCACGAUGUGCCUGCAGUACGUGGAUGAGCGAGUGCUCGCUGAGCUCAUGCCCCGUCUCUGUGAGAUGCUACGCAGCGGCGUGGGGCUCUCCACCAAGGGCGGCUCGGCUCACGUGGUGGUGGCGCUCACGGCGCAGUGCCCGCAGGACCUCGCUCCGUACGCAGGAAAGCUCAUGGUCUCUCUGCUCAACGGCCUCUCCGAUCGCAAUGACGUCGUGCGGAAAUCGUACGCAAUCGCCCUGGGUCACCUGGUGAAGGUGUCAAAGGACAGCAGCGUGGAGAAGCUGUUGAAGAAACUCUCCGACUGGUACCUGGACAAAGACGACGCGUCUCUGCGCUCUGCGUGUGCGCUCGUGGUCCACGCCGUGUCGCAGCACAGCCCCGACGCCCUCAAGCAGCACGCGGCGCUCGCACUGCCCCUCGCCUUCCUGGGCAUGCACGAGGGCGGAGACGCCGACGCGGGCGGCGGCGGCGGCGGCGGCAACCCCAAUGGCCGACUGUGGACUGACGUGUGGCAGGACAGCGUGCCAGGCAGCUCGGGUGGCGUGCGCCUCUACCUGCCGGAGCUGGUGGGCGUGUGCCGCGUGGCACUGCACUCGCCGUCCUGGCAGCUCAAGGCCCAGGGGGCGGCGGCGCUGGCGGCCGUCGCGCGGCUCCACGCGCCGAGCCUCGGCAACCCCUUCCUGGGCCUCGUGCUCGAGGCCCUGCUGCAGGGCCUGCAGGGCCGCACCUGGGCCGGCAAGGAGGAGCUGCUCAAGGCGAUAGCCGGAGUGGUCGCUGCGAGCAGUGAUGAGCUGAAGGAGACACACCCCGACCAGCCGAGUCUGGAGGUCGUGUUGGAUUCCCUGUUCAAGGAGGCUCGCAAAGACAACGUGGCAUACAGGACGGCCGCCCUGGCCUGCCUGUCGGACGUGCUGCAGUCCACGAGGGAGGAUCGCUUCGCCGAGCUCGCCCAGAUCGUCUUCCCGGUGCUCGAGAAGGCAUGCGCGGGCGAGAACGUGAUCUCGACGGAGGCGGAAGACGACGAGAAAUCUGACAAGGACAGGCAGCAGGAGCUCGUGUCGGCCAUGUUCCAGAGCCUGGGCAAGGCCUGGCCCGACAACCCCACGACUCAAGGAAGGUUUCGUGUUGAUGUGUGCAAGUUCAUGUGCAGCAAGGUGAAGCUGAGCCACUGGAAGCUUCAGGUGGUGGUGCUGCAGGCGAUGAAGAAGUACACGGAGAGGCUGUCCCUGCUGAGUUCGGAGCACAAGGACGCCGAGGCGCUGACCGAGAUCCUUCAGCAGAUGCUGCCUGCCCUCACCGUACCCUUAGAAAACAAGAGCUAUUCCUCCGUCAGGAGCGAAGCUCUCGACGUUUUGGAAAUCGUCUUGACCAAACUGAAAGCAACCGGGCAAGGUGAUGCGCUGAAGCCGCACGAGCGGCAGGUGCUGGCCGCCUCGCUUGUCGCCAUGGAAACGGACAAACUGCCGGCGCUGAAGGACCGGGCGGCCUCCCUGCUGCUCGGGAUGCAGGGGAUUUGACGGGUGACGGCAUGGAAGGCGGCGGUGGCGUUCGCGAUUCGAUCGACUGGUGAGGGUGGGGCAGGGUGGGAAGAAG